UGAAUAGCUAGCUGAAUUUAAUGAAAAAUUAUAAAUAGCACAUUAAAAAUUUAGAGUCUGUAAAAUUGUAAUUACAAAAAAAAAAUACGAAAGAAAAAGAAGCAAUAUUUAAUAUUUUAGGUAAAGAAAUAUUAUAAAUCAGAAAAAAAUCUAGAUUAAAAAGUGUGACUAAACAAAUAAAUAAAUAAACAAACAAACAUCAAGGAUUAAAUUAAAGUAAAUAAAUGAACUAUAACAAUAUGAAUGGAAAUAUAGGAAUGGGCAUGGGAAUGCCUCCAAAUUAAUAGAUGUUUUAGCAAAAUCAAAUGCAAAUGCAGUAGCAAGCUAACUCUUUGAAUCAUUAGGCUGACAAGAAAGGUCGUCGUACCCGCACCGACCCUAAUAAUAGGAAUUACAUUUGCGGCUGUGGUAAAAGUUAUCUUUCAUACCCAGCUUUGUACACUCAUGUUAAGUAGAAACAUGAUGGCAAGGCUCCAUCAGAUACUAAAAAGCCCGAGAAAAGCAGAGGAUAAAGAGGUAGACCCACAACCACAAAUUAAUAAAUUGAAGGAAACGAUACAUAUGAGCAUGAAACUGAUAAUAUGUCAAGUGAUUCUAACGAUGCCUUAAAUGUAGUUGAAGAAUUAGUCCUUUGUCUCUUUAACUAAUUAAAUUAAGAUACAAGCAUCAUCCUAAACGAAAAUUCUUCAAACUCAUUGCAAGAUCUCAAGGACUCCUUCCCUACAGAUAUUUUUGAAAACGCAAGUGAUUACUAAGUUAUUCAAAACCAUCUUGAGGAAGUUUUUAACUGCGAGGGUUAUAUUGAUGAACCUGAAUCUACUGAUGGAAUAGUUAAAACAAAGUGCAAUUUAGUUUUUGGAUUAUUUAUUUAUUCAGUUGGAAAGCAUUUAAAGGGUUAUGCCUUGAAGGAAAUUAUAUUUUAUUGUUGUCUAUUCAGAAAAGCAUUGAAUGAAAAAGGAUGGAAAAUAUUACAAGAAUUAGGCAUAAACUCUAACUUAGCUGACCAAGACUAAGAAUUCUGUGAGAAAAAUAGUGCCUAAAAUGUCCUUGAAAUAUCAAACGAGUUUAUAACUGAAAUUCUCCCCACUUAUCUUGAAAAGUAUUCACAUUAAAUCUAAGACUAUAAAAUUAUCAACCCAUAAAGUUUAGAAAGUACUAUAAUUAAAAUUACUUAGCACUUCUGCAAUUGGUUGUACGCAAGAAGAUAUACUAAUUCUAUGCUUGAAAGAAAUGAAGAUGAAACAAUGUGAGAAAUAUGAAAUAUAGAGAAAAUAAUAGUCAAAAGUUAUAACUCAAACUAAAAAUAUAUUUCUUCUUUUAUGAUAAAUAAAAAAUGAACGAAUUUAUACUAACUAACAUUUAAUAAAUCAUUUACAAUUUUAAUAAAAUAAUUAAAAUUUUAAACUCUAUUUACAAUCAAAUUACUUAAUUUUAGUCUAUAUCUAAUUAUACUUACAUAAAUACAUGUUUCUUAUUAUAAAUUGCAUUAUAUUUUUAAAAAAUUUUUAUCAUACAUCUAAUAUAAAAUA